GCUGUACUGUCGUGCUGGAUGAUUUCACUCGGUAAAGUGUGUGUGGUGCUGUCAUUCAGCACGUUUUGUAAAAAUAGUUUAAUUUAGCACAAUCAUCACUCGAGCCGAAGAAAGGAGAAGAGAUAUUUUGUUUGCAUAGAUGGAAGUGCACAACUCGAGUAAAUAACAUUCACUGGAAUUAGUUUUCUGUCUCGAGCGGAGUGUCCUCCCGCUUUCCAGACAUCAUGGCUGCUGGCACUCACUCUCCUGGAGGGCCCAAUGGCAUCAUCAGGAGCCAGUCGUUCGCUGGCUUCAGCACCCUGCAGGAGAGACGCUCACGGUGUAACUCCUUCAUGGGGAACUCAGCAGUGCAGAAGAAGCCCAUGUCAAAGCCCAGGAAGCCCCAUCUGUCUGGGCACAAGUCGAGCAGCAGCAGCAGCUCACGAGAGCCGCAGCCCAAAAGAGUGGAAGAAGUUUACGGAGCCCUCAAACAAGGCCUGGAUGAAUAUCUAGAGGUGCACCAAACAGAGCUGGAUAAACUCACUUCCCUCAUGAAAGACAUGAAGAGGAACUCCAGACUGGGUGUGCUGUAUGAUCUGGACAAGCAAAUGAAGACCAUAGAGCGUUACAUGCGACGACUGGAGUUCCACAUCAGCAAGGUCGACGAGCUGUACGAGGGCUUUUGUAUUCAGAGUAGGUUGCGUGAUGGCGCCAGUAAGAUGAAACAGGCCUUCACUGCUUCACCCUCCACUAAAGGCACACGUGUGAGCCUGGCGGAGGUCAACCGCAGAUACAAAGAGUAUACAGAGAACAUGAGCACUUUUGAGGCUGAACUGGAGAACCUUUUGGGGGAGUUUCAUAUCAAAAUGAAAGGAUUGGCUGGUUUUGCCAGGCUUUGUCCCGGCGAUCAGUAUGAGAUUUUCAUGAGAUACGGCCGACAGCGGUGGAAACUGAAGGGGAAGAUCGAAACGAACUCCAAGCAGAGUUGGGAUGGAGAGGAGAUGAUCUUCAUGCCCCUCGUUACAGACCUCAUCAACAUCAAGGUGACAGAGUUAAAGGGGCUGGCCACUCACAUCUUAGUGGGUAGUGUGAUCUGUGAAACCAAGGAUCUGUUCACCGCUAUGCCUCAGGUGGUAGCUGUAGACGUCAACGACCUGGGAACCAUUAAACUUAACCUGGAGGUCGCCUGGUUUCCGUUUGACGUGGAGGAUCUGACACUGUCCUCAGGAAACGUGAGUAAAGCCACCGCCCUUCAGAGACGAGUUUCAGUGUACAGCCAAGGCACACCCGAGACGCCCACUUUCCAGGACACGUCUUUCUUUUCCACUUUACCAGAUGAUGUCUUUGAGAACGGAGGCUGCGGUGUGGCCGAAUGCAAGCGUCUGUCCUUCACCUUCUCUGACACGCCCACCUCAAGCCCCGCCCCCAUCCAGUCAAACCCUGAGAUCACCGUCACGCCCCCUGAGAUGGACCCUCCCUCUGAACCGGCUCCAGCCUCUGAGGAGCAGCCGGUUGAGGAGGAGUGUGUGGAGGAAGACUGCGGAAGUGUCAGUGCCAGCGAUCCAGACCUGGAAUGGGACCAGGCUGAGGUCCAGGGGCACGGCACAGGCUCGGCGGCCCCCUCGCUGUGCUCUGAGAGUCAGCUGUCUGUGGUGGGACUUGAGGAUGUGGUGUUCUUGGAGCCCAAUGUGUCUGACGAAGCCCUGGAACUGAAGCCAGUGGAGCUAGACGGGGAGGAAGGCAGUCUGACCAGGCAACUGGUGAGGAGGCUCACCUCCUCUGACAUGCUGCCCGAGGCCGGCGCUGUGAGCUGGUCUGGAGAGAGCAGCAGGACCUUCCAGGAGAGCAGCCUGGAGGAAGCCAUUCAGUCCCUGCUCCUGCGGCUGGAGAGCUUGGGCCAGCGCUGCGGGGAGCUGCAGGACUUGGAGCAGGAGGUCAUGAGACUCGAAGACCUGCUUAAGUGUCGGGUACCUGCCCAUAGGAGCCGUUCAUCAAGCCUCAGUUUGACAGUGGAGAGCGCUCUGGAAAGUUUCGACUUCCUCAACACCUCUGACUUUGAUGACGAUGACACAGGAGAUGAUGCUGCCGCCCUCUCACGCGCUGUCUUCUUUGACAUGGAGUUAGAGAGAAUCGGGUCAGGCCAACAUCCAGAAGCAAGAGGCCACCUGAGUGAAGCCCUCACGGAGGACACUGGUGUGGGGAACAGUGUGGCCGGCAGCCCGUUGCCUCUCACCACAGGAAACGAGAACCUAGACGUGGCCAUCGUUGUUCAACUACAAUACUGCAAUCAUCUCAUUCAGUUGUUGACCACAGGAGGAAGCCAGUCGCAGCACAUGACAUACCUGCACAAACUAUCAAUUCAAACACUUCUGUUGGAGGAGCUCAGUGAGAAAAACUUUGACAGACCGGGCAGCUGCAUUUUAGUGUCUGAUGUACUGCCUGGGCUGGUGGAGCGUCCGGCGCUGAUGUCUCUGUGGUCCGACUGCAGUGGUGGUCUGUUUCAUACUACACUGGACCGAGUGCUGAAGCACAUGCAUCUCAGCUUUGCCUUACCACUGCAACAGAUUCUGCCUCACUCUCCUGACUCAGUGAUCAGGAUGGUGGUGAACGAGAUGAUGGACAGGAGCGAGCUGGCCUCAUGCUUGUGUCCUUCACCGUCAUCUCUGGCACAGGAUGUCAUCACCGUGUUUCAGUUUUACCGCUACACUGUUGAACACGAUAUCACGGACAUGGAGCGACACUUGCUGGAUUUAGCCAAAGAGGUCAUGCUUGAAGAAGCCCUGAGCUGUGUGGAUACAGAACGCUGUGUGAAGGAGCUGCAGGAAGUGUCCGUCAUGUGUCUCCAGCCCCGUCCUCAAACCCUCUGGGCCGUGGCAGCGCUGUUGACCUCUGAUGAUCCUGACGUGAUGAAGGCCGCCACAGCCUUCCUCUCCUCUGCUGCCUCACACAAGCCCUUCAGGUCAAAGGCUGUUGAUUGUUACACACAAGUCUUAUCAGAAGCAGACAGAUCAAGAGAUGCAUGUGCCGCUCUGAGCUGCCUGCAGGCUGUGGAGAGCAUUGAUGCUGUGGUGUUACUGUGUGACUCAGCCGAUGAAGAUCUCCGUCAUAUUGCCAUAGAAACCCUCCUCACUUUAGGUGAAGACGGGCGGCUGGCUUACGAGCAGUUGGACACAGUACCGAGGGAGAUCUUGCGGCUGGGGACUCGCCGCGGUAACGCUGUUACCACUUCAUUUUAGAAAAACGACUCGUUAUUCCCCUGUGACCCUGCACACUUCAGACACACCACCUGCUAACAAGGGAAAAAGUGAAGCUUGGCCUUUCUAUUUAGGCCCAUAUCUCGAGAUCUUCAGCACAGAGUCUCCUUUUCUGUAGGAUGUUUGCAUUUAUACUACUCGUGUCACAGUGGUCAUGAGUCAUUGUUGCUGAUUGAACAAUAAGAGUGUUAAUAUUGAAAGUUAGUUAUUUGCAGAUUGCAGUUGCACUGUUGGAGGCAUGUAAAUAGAACAGAAAAUCCUAUUUUCAUUUUGUCCUG